AUGGAGCGGGCGACGGGCAGCGGUCCGGGUGCGGGUGGAGGCACGGAGGCCGGCGGCCAGCGGGGACAGGCCGGUAACAAGCGGCGCUCGGACGACCGCUCUCGAGCGGCGGCGGCGGGCGGCAGCAGGGGCCAUCGGGAGCGGGUCGCGCGCAGCAGCAGCCGCUGCAGUCCGAGGCGGCGCUCCGGGAGCGUGCCCUGGUGGAGCAAGGGCGGCGUCGGCAGGGGCAGGGAGGCUCCCGUGCCGGCGCAGAAGAGGGAGGCCCGGAGGGCUCUCGAGGCGGCGCCGCCGCUCGUUCCCCCUUCCAUCCCGGAGCUCGGCAGGGGCCGGGCUUCGGAGACCGCGGCGGGCAAGCAGCCCGUGGUGCAGGAGCGUCCUGCGACGGGCUCGGGUCCGAGCCGUGCCGCUGCUGUGGAGGAGGUGCCGACCCCGGCGUCCAACAUGGAAUGCUUUAAGUGCGGAAGGAUGGGGCACUUCCAAGCGAGUUGCACCUUCCCGCCGGUGUGUCUUCUCUGUGGGGUGGAGGGGCACAACUCGAACGCCUGUCUGUCCAAGGGUAAGCAGCCGGAGCUGCGCAUCCUCGGUCAGGCGGUGCCCGGGGAGAGCUUCUUCUACCUGGACUUCGACGAAGAUGAGGAUGAGGAUGAGGAGGUGACCAAUGGGGCGGUCAUCUCCUUCCGCCAGGUGGUGUUCUCGGCGAGUGACCUCAACCGGGAACUGCAGCACCUGGUGGAGGCUGACUGGGACUGGCAGGUCCAGGAGGUGGGCCGCAACGAGUUCGCGGUGUUGUUCCCUUCGCGCGAGUCGCUGCAGUUCAGCACCCGCAGUGGACGCCUCUUCCUGCCUCUCAGUGGGACGGUGGCGGACAUCAGGCUCGCGGACGCUGACCCGGCCCCGGUGGAGCUCCUUCAGGAGGUGUGGGUCAAGCUCACCGGUGUCCCCAAGCGGAUGCGCCGGGCCAGCCGCCUGUUGGCAGGGAUGAGGAUGUUGGGCUGGCCGAUGGAGGUGGACGAGGUCUCGCUUCGAUGCCGCCAGCCCGUUCGGAUGCGCAUUGCUUGUCGCAACCCGGACAAACUCCAGGGUUGA